CCCGUGUCAGGCUGCGUCUCACAGCCCGUUUCCCCCCCGUGUCCCCAGGUAACGUUGUGGACAGCCAGUCCCCCCGGCUGUUGGCAAAUCAGCUGAGAUGGGACCUGACUGCCGAGCAGAUUGAGAGCAUGGCUGUGGAGCUGACGGAGAGAACCAAGCUUGUGUACGACCGGGUGGGCUCCCAGGAGCAGGGCGAGGUGUCCUAUGAAAACACCCUCAAGGCACUGGCAGAUGUGGAAGUGGAAUAUACGGUCCGUCGGAACAUGCUGGACUUUCCCCAGCACGUCUCUCCUUGCAAAGACAUCCGUGCGGCGAGCACCGAGGCUGACAAGAAGCUCUCGGAGUUCGACGUGGAGAUGAGCAUGAGGCAGGAUGUGUACCAGAGGAUUGUCUGGCUCCAGGAGAAAGCAGAGAGCACUUCACUGAAGCCUGAAGCAAAGAGAUACCUAGAGAGGCUGAUCAAACUGGGUAAAAGAAACGGUCUCCACCUCCCUGAGGAGACGCAGGAGAAAAUCAAAGCUAUUAAGAAAAAGCUGAGCGUCCUUUGCAUAGACUUCAACAAGAACCUCAAUGAGGACACCACCUUCUUGCCCUUCUCAAAGGAGGAAUUAGGGGGGCUCCCUGAGGAUUUCCUGAACUCCCUGGAGAAGACGGAGGAUGGCAAGCUGAAAGUCACCUUGAAAUACCCGCACUAUUUCCCUCUGCUGAAGAAGUGCUACGUGCCCGAGACGAGGAGGAAGGUGGAGGAAAUGUUCAACUCCAGGUGCAAAGAGGAAAAUUGCUUGAUCCUCAAGGAGCUGGUGGACUUGCGGGCGCAGAAAGCAAGCCUCCUGGGCUUCAGCACGCACGCGGACUUUGUGCUGGAGAUGAACAUGGCUAAAAGCAGCAAGACGGUGGCCACGUUCCUGGAUGAGCUGGCCCAGAAGCUGAAACCCCUCGGGGAGAAGGAACGGGAGGUGAUCCUGGAUCUGAAAAAGAAAGAGUGCGAGAAGCGUGGCCUGGAGUUUGACAACCGCAUCAAUGCCUGGGACAUGCGCUAUUACAUGAACCAGGUGGAGGAGACCAAGUACAGCGUGGACCAGAACCUGCUGAAGGAGUACUUCCCCAUGCAGGUGGUCACCACGGGGCUGCUGGCCAUCUACCAGGAGCUGCUGGGGCUCACCUUCCACCUGGAGGAGAAGGCUCAGGUCUGGCACGAGGACGUCCAGCUCUACACAGUGAAGGACGCUUCCUCCGGGGAGACGAUCGGCAAAUUCUACCUGGACCUCUACCCACGGGAAGGGAAGUACGGGCACGCAGCCUGCUUCGGCCUGCAGCCAGGCUGCCUCUUGCCAGACUCCAGCCGGCAGAUCUCGGUGGCUGCCAUGGUGGCUAACUUCACCAAGCCCACGCCGGAUGCACCUUCCCUGCUGCAGCACGACGAAGUGGAGACGUACUUCCACGAAUUUGGGCAUGUCAUGCACCAGCUGUGCUCUCAGGCGGAGUUUGCCAUGUUCAGCGGGACACACGUGGAGCGGGACUUUGUCGAGGCACCGUCGCAGAUGCUGGAGAACUGGGUGUGGGAGAAGGAGCCGCUGCUGCGCAUGUCCAGGCACUACAAAACUGGGAGCCCCAUCCCUGACGAGCUGCUGGAGAAGCUCAUUAAAUCCCGGCAGGCCAACACCGGGCUCUUCAACCUGCGUCAGAUCGUCCUGGCCAAGGUGGACCAGGCGCUGCACACCCAGACUAAGGCUGACCCCGUGGAGGUGUUUGCCCGGCUGUGUGAAGAGGUGCUGGGCGUCCCGGCCACCCCAGGUACAAACAUGCCCGCCACGUUCGGCCACUUGGCCGGAGGCUACGAUGCCCAGUAAUACGGACGGCAGUGUCGGCGGGAGGGCGGGUGUCACGCGUUACCCCCGUCUCUCUCCUCGCAGGUGGGCAUGGAUUACAGGAACUGCAUCCUGCACCCUGGCGGCUCCCUGGAUGCUUCCGACAUGUUGAAGAAGUUCCUGGGCCGCGAGCCCAAGCAGGACGCCUUCCUGGCCAGCAAAGGACUGAAGGUGGAGAGCAACUCGCUGCCUUCGGCCUGCUGA